AUGUUCAGAGGAAAUACGGUUGUUCUUUUAAUGUGUUAUGUCGUGCUUGCCAAGACUCAGUACGAAGGUGAUGGUUGCCGAAAAAAUGGUGUAAGUGGCACCUGCGCGCUUCUAAAAAACUGCCAGUCAGCUAUUAAUGAUAUCAAGAAUAAACAACCGCCGCAGAUAUGCACCUUCCGAGGGAUGGACCCUAUCGUGUGCUGCAUUAAUUUUGCGCCACCCAAACCCCCGGGAACCACUUCCAGACCAUCUGUGCUCGCCACUUCUACGCAAAGGCCAAAGACUACGACGGAGUACGUGCCACCGGUAUAUGACAACAUGUUCGGCGACCCCAACAUGAAAUCUCAAGGAGGAUGUGAACCUAUUGCAUCAAAUUUAACUUCUCCCAGAACUGGACAGAAGGCGUGGGAUAAAUGCAUCGAGUACCAGGAGAAGUUGGUUUAUCCCUGCGUGAAAGGGAACUCCUUAGCUGAGUUCCCCCACAUGGCUCUGCUCGGGUUUGGCAGUGACGUGGAUGCACUCCAGUGGCAUUGCGGUGGCUCCAUCAUCAGCGAGCGGUUCAUUUUGACGGCCAGUCACUGCACCCAUACCCGAGACCUAGGUCCAGUUACGUACGCGCUGCUGGGCAUCCUGAGCAGGAUUGAACGCGUGGAUAGCUCACAGCGCUACAAGAUCAAGAGGAUCAUCAGGCAUCCCGACUACAAGCCGCCUAAGAAGUACAACGAUAUCGCUCUGCUGCAAACGGAGGUUGAUAUGACCUUGAAUGAGAAUAUAGUACCGGCGUGUCUGCACGUCGACACUACAGCUCCUGACGAGCGCGCUUUAGCGUCUGGAUGGGGGGCGAUACAGACCUGGGGAUCUGGCGCAGAUAGCCUACAGAAGGUGGUUCUGAAAAAAUUCUCGGACUCCGAGUGUGCGCAGUUGUUCCGGCCAGCCCGUCUCAUGGAGAACGGGUUCGACUCCAAGACUCAAAUCUGCUACGGGGAUAAGGCAAAGUCGAAGGAUAAUUGCCAGGGUGACAGUGGCGGUCCGCUGCAGCUGAAGAACAAGAAGAUCCACUGCAUGUACACUGUGGUGGGAGUGACUUCGUUUAGAAAGGCUUGCGAGUACAUCGGGGAGCCGGGGAUAUACACCAAGGUUUCGGCCUUCGUACCAUGGAUAGAGAGCGUUGUGUGGCCUUAG